AUGGCUCCACCAAGAGGACGAGGAGGACAACCAGGCCGGGGCCGUGGUCGAGGCUCUGGUCGUGGUCGCGGAGGCCGUAAUGGCUUCAGUUCCUCACGGUUGCAGGAAAUUGAAUCUGAAGGGUCUUCGGAGAACGAAUCAGGUGAUGAGCAAAUGGACGAGGGUAUGGAUGAACCGAUGAUGGAUGAAGGUUCGUCUAGCAGUGAGGACGAGGAGGAAGAGAAUACUGCGCGCCCAUACAAUGAGCUGCUUCAAUUGCUCCAUGCAAACGAUGAACCCAAAGGACCUGCUCGUAAAAGGAGGAAGGUCGAACCUGAAGAGAAGGAGACAAAAGGUGCUCAGGCAGCUACAGUUGAGGAGCCCGAGGACGACGAAGAUAUACUGGGAGACUCGGGCUCGGAAAAUGAAGCGUCUAGUACACCAUCCGACGACGAAGAAGAGGACGUCGAGGAGGGGAAUGACGAGGAGGAUGCUGUAGGCGCCUUCGAUAAGCACUUCGACCUCGGCGAAGGAAUCGAACUCACGAAGCAAAUCAACGAAAUCGAUGCGAACAAUUGGGCGUCUACAAAGAAGGAACUGGAUGGGCUCCGGCUAGUGCACUCCCGCCCGGCGACGGGCGAAAGCAACGCAUCGAUCUUACCAGCAAUGAAGACAACGGCCAAUUUGAAGAUCAAAAACAAACUCAAGCCCCGCGCUGAACAGUACCUUCCAACUAUCAAUGGGCCUGCCCAACAUGUUGCACCUUACGUAUUCGAUUACCAGGAUGUGCUUUACACUGCCAGAACAACACCGACAGCAAAAGCCAUGCACGAUGUCAUGGCUCUCCAUAUAACCCAGACGCAGACAUUGAGUGCCGGGACCAGGGAUUCACUCGCCCCAAGGUGGAGCAACAAGAGAACAAGAAGCGAUUCCUUGACACUUUCUCUUCCCCCCGAGGACGAUACCUGGGCCGGCAAGGCAGAGGACGCGCGCGAACUCUUCGGAGGGAAUAAUGACGACAUGUUCCGCCUGGGCCUUAAAUUUACUCGCAAAACCGUGAAGUAUUUCUCCCAGUUUUACAGCUCGGACAUUAUCCUAGCGAGUCCUCUUGGACUGAGGACCAUCAUGGAUCAAGCUGAUGCCAAGAAAAGAGACCAGGACUUCUUGUCAUCUAUUGAAGUCGUGAUUGUCGAUCAUGCAGACGCUCUCAUAAUGCAAAAUUGGGACCAUGUCUCGUACAUUUUCCAGCACCUCAACAUGCAGCCCAAACAGGCCCACGGCUGCGACUUCAGCCGAGUCCGCAACUGGUACUUGGACAAUCAGGCUCGACAUGUCCGCCAGACCAUUGUGCUCGCCUCCUUCCUUACUCCGGAGAUUAACUCGCUAUUCUCUACCCACAUGCAAAACGCCGCAGGCCGCGUCAAAAUUACUCCGACAUAUGCGGGGGCCAUCACCGAGCUCCCUUUACCGGUAUCUGUUAAGCAGACGUUCUCCCGUAUCGACAGCGUCUCUCCCGCCAAAGACCCAGACGCAAGGUUCAAGCACUUCACCAGCACCGUGCUGUCGUCUCUCGUCAAGAACAUCGAGAGUCGCGGAAAGGGAAGUACCGGUACCCUUGUUUUCAUCCCCUCGUACCUCGAUUUUGUCCGUGUCCGAAACCACUUUGCCACCUCGAAUCAGACCUCGAACAUCUCGUUCGGCGCGAUUUCCGAAUACACGGAGACCCGUGAGAUGUCACGCGCGCGCAGUCAUUUCAUGACUGGCCGACACUCCGUGUUGCUAUACACUGAGCGAGCCCACCAUUUCCGUCGCUACCAGAUCCGCGGUGUGAAGCGAGUUAUUAUGUACGGUCUGCCGGAGAACCCGACCUUCUACGGGGAUAUUGUCGGAUUCCUCGGUCUGGACCCGGCCGCAGUGGUGGAAGCUGCCGAGGGUGGUGUUCGUGCACUCUUCUCGAAAUGGGAUGCGCUGAAGCUGGAACGUGUUGUCGGCACUCAGCGGAUUGGCAAUAUGUUAAGAGACAAAGGGGGUGACACCUUUACUUUCACCUAG